ACCACAACCUGCUCCCGACGACGCCCUAUCGCCCAUGAGAUUCCCGAGUCCACCGCGCGACUGGUUUCGCACGAGACGAAGCCGUCGGGUUCUCAUUAUAACGUCAGGCUGCGCGCGCGAGCUGCCUGCCGCGUCACCUCAGCUAUAAGAGGGAAAAAAAUAAAGGAGGAGAAGGAGGAGGAGGAGGAGGAGAGAGAGAGAGAGGGGGGGUGUUUGGUCAUUCUGAAUCCAGAAAUAAAUAAUAAUAAAAAAAAAUACAAAAAAACAGCGAGUUUGGAAGACGUCUGCAGCGGGAAGGCAAAGGGAUCUGCAACUGAGAUGGCGGAGGUGUCACAAGAGGAGAGACUCCAGGUCAUCGCUGAGAAGAGGAAGAAGCAGACAGAGAUUGAAAACAAGAGGAGGCAGCUUGAUGACGACCGACGGCAACUCCAGCAUCUCAAGUCAAAGUCACUGAGGGAGCGCUGGUUGCUAGAUGGAGCUCCAGCAGAAGAGGAGACGCAGAGGCGUCUGCAGGAGGACGAGAUGAAGACCAAGCUUCUGGAACAGGUCAUCCUCAGGCUGGAGCAAGAAAUUGAAGAACUGGAGACAGGCGUGCCGACUAAUAAAGGUGUGGCCAAAGAAAAUGGUGAGAACGGAGUAGUGCAGACCUCCGGCCAGACCCCUAAGAGAGAGGUAACGGAGGUCACGAUGCUGGGCCCCAACCCCGACCAAGCCAGCGAGGACAACCCUGUGACCCUCGUGUUCAUGGGCUACAAGACCGACGAGAAGGAGACGCACACGGCCCUGGGCAUGGAGGGCGUGGACGGCAACGUGAAGGCCGAGUUCGUGGUGAUUGACGACGGUGAGGGGAAGGCGGCGGACGCGGCCACGGAGGAGCAGGCCCCGCCCAACGGCAGCAUGGCGGAGAAAGAGAAGGCCAACGAAGGCGGAGAGGACGGAGAGAAGGAGAAGAAACAGACCUGCAAAUGCUGCACGGUCAUGUGAGAUAUGUGCGUUUAUCUUGCGUGUGUGUGUGUGUAUGUUUGCGUGAGACUGACUGUGUAUGGGUGAGUACACACCUGCACCUGUGCAGAACCGUGUGCCAUUGCAUGAGUCCAUAUUUGCAAACGUAUGUAGCUUUUUGUGUUUGUGUGGAAGUGUGUGUCAGGACUGAUUUACAGCUACACAGUCAACAUCCCAACAACGAGAGCCGACUCGAGCUCCAGCUCCAAGAACCACAAAGACUCAUAAGUACACUUACUCUAUAUACUUUUCUCUGUAUUUGACUUUUGAUUUCUAUUGAUAUUUUUCUAUUUUUCUGUCUUGACCUUUAUAUUGUAGCCUACUAAGUGUGUUAAUCCUUAUUAUGAGGCUGUGUACUGUAUGUUCGUUGUUCUUAUUGUUUAAAAAAAAAAUGUAUUAGCUCUCUGGAUUGUACUGCAGCCCAACUGGGAAAUUUUCUGGAAAAAAAAAUCCAAAACAGCAAAACUAUGAAGGACAUAGUAUAUGUCCUUCAUAGUUAUAUAUUUCUCUGUUUAGGCCUACCAACUAUUUAUCAGUCAAUUUCAUAUUGCAAUAUUGUCUAAGACAUUAUUUUGAAUAGUAUUUUAAUAUAUUGAUAUGAAAUUAUGUUUUAUACAAUGUAUUUAUUGCUUUGGUUUUCUGUGUCACCCUUCCACCACCACCUGCAUGUUAAGGCUUGUAAGCGCCACCAGAUGAACACUCACUAACAAGUGUCUGUGCUUUCUUAGAGCCAUGCGUGCUCAUAUCUCUAGUCACACAAGUCGUUCUGUCAGUAAUGGUGAAUUAUUAUAAAUGCAGUGUUCAAGUAACGCAUUAUGUCUAAAGGCAAAUAUACGGCAAAGAGGCAUAUAGAGUCACCGAUCGUGUUGCGGGUCACUUUUAGUUUGACACUAGAUCGUAGAGCAUGGCAGACGUACCAUGAAGGUCACCGCUUUAGUGUUUUCUGUUGUGAGAGAAGUGGAUGUAAGUUUAAGAUGUUUUAGGUGAUUUGCACCAUUACACUGUUGCUGAACAGGCUUAAAGUGUUAGCCACGUUAAUUGGCAGGUUAGGGUACUUUUUCUUUCUUUUUUUUUUUUUUUACACCGCCAGUCGAGGUUUUCAGGUAAAGUCACGUUGUUUGACUUUCAUUUUAAUAUCAUAAUAAAUUGGACCACAAACUUGUAGCGAGUUUUACUCAUAACCCACUCAUUUAAACUCGGCUCAAGUGGGCCAGCUGAGAACAGACUGAAAAAGAAUGUUCUAGACCAAGAAAAUUGAAAACAAUUGAUCCAAAAUGUAGAAAAUCACUGUUGAAAGGCAAAGGUGUGAGGCACUUUUAGUGUGCUAGAUGUGCUAGGUUUUCCACGUUCCUUUUCUACAAGAAAAUCUGACUUCUUUUAGAGUUGUCAAUAAAAUAUCUAAAGUAUAGUUUAUCAUAAACUCACAGAUACAAAUCAGUUUGUCACAUGGCUAAAAGUUUGAGCGCCACCGCUCUAGAUCUUCCCGAAUUAUCUUCUCAUCACUCAGCCCACAGAUUUCCUACAGGAUUUGGCUCUGGAGACUGAGAUAUUGUCUCAGGAACCAUUUCUGUGUUGAUAUUACCGGGUGGGUUUCUUAUGCUUUAUGACUCGUUUUGAUCCUCCUGUUGGAGCCCAGCAGAGUUUUACUUAAAGACCUCCUGGGAUUUCACAGUGUUCAUGAUUUUGUGUGCUCUUGUGAGGUUCCUGAGGCCUUUUUGAGGACAACCAUGCCCACACCAUCACAGAUCCUCCACCGUACCUAUCAGUGGGCAUGACAUUUUGUUCACACAUUCAUGCUUAGUAUAAUACAGAACCCAAGGCUUGGCUGCUUUUAGCCACUAACCAAGGACUACUGGCUCUGUGUCACGUCAUUUUGAUGCCCCAGAAACAAAAAAUCACUAAUCAGAUGUUCCUAAAAACCUAGAAACUCUGAUUCACAGAGGAAUAAAGUCUUUUUUAUUAUUAUAAUCAUUAUUCAUUAAUAUUUUUCUUUAAAUUGAUUCUCAUUUUAGCAACAAAUGUUGCUAAAAUCCAAUUAUUUAUUAACAGGGAUUAUACUUGCAAAUCAAUAAAUGGGUUCAAAUUAAAAAUUGGAGUUGUAUUUAAAAAAAUAUAUAUAUAUGGGAGAUUAUCCUACUGCAAUGAAAGAUGGGUGUAUUUUAGAGCUUUUAAAACAUUUUUACAAGGUGUACCAAUAAAUGUGUCCUAGACUGUAAGUAAUUCUGUUCCCUCAACAGUAGGAUCAAUGUAAAUCUAAAUAAGGUAGCACUGCAUGAAGCCUUGCAGCUUUGUUUAUCUCACCACUUGUUGGGUCUUUAUUGUUAUAUGCUGUCAUUGUUUAGAUGAAUGUAAACCCAGGGGUUAAAUUGGGAUUUUGUUCACCUUUUAAUGAGAAAAAGGCAAGGCUGUUCAGCUCUCAUUACUAAAUAAUAAUUAAACAAAAGCUUUUUGUUGCUUUAUGAACCAAAUAAAACUUAAAUAUACUGUAAUUUCCCUGUGUGGUUUUCAGUUUGUUUUGUUAUUUUGCUCACUCCCAGUUUAACCCCUGACUACUUUUUAAAAGAAAAAAACUCUGCAAAUUGUCACACUUGUUUCCAAAAAGAAAAAAAUCAAUGGAAAAGGCUUUCAUUCUUCAAAUGUCAAGAAUCUUUGAUCUGAUCUGAUCUGUCUUAAAACUCAAUUUAGUGAAUGAGAAUUGUGUAGACGGUUGAUGCUCUCAACCAAAAUGUCAGCCUGGCAAUUUUUAGGAGUGCGAGCUGAAAGCCCGAAAGGCCUGCUCCCAGUUCUGACCCUUGUUUGUUUGGCUGACGACGUGGCACUACGGAUAGUCUGAGUCAGUGAUGCAACACAAACGGUCUUCUGCUCGCCCACAUCUUUCAUACCCAAACUGUAGCUGCAGCCCCUCUAUGCUUGGAUACCUGCUAUUUGCUGGGGAAGGAAGUGGGAAUUAACAAAAAUAAAUGAAUAAAUCCACGCUGGUGCUAUGCUGCAAAGCUCCUCAAUCACCAACUUUUGUUGUUCAAAACUGUUUCCUCUUUCUUACUCAAACUACUGGUAGGGCAGAUUCGGCUGCCCUCCUGAGAAUCUUCUGCUGCCUUCAGUGCCAGAUGCAAGUCCUGCCUGCGUUUUUCCACCUGUGAAAUGAUCCCUUCAUACAUUCCAAAGGGAGGUCAGCAGGUCUGGGCGAAUACAUUACAGUCUAUGCGUUCCAUAUGUACACUCCAACUGUACAACAGCAUUUCAUAUAUUCUCAUGUAAAUGUUUUUAUUUUGUUCUUUUUGGGCCUUUUCGCAAGGCCUACUUAUUGAAUUUGAUGUUUGUAUUUAAGAAGAAGAAAAAAAAAGACAUCUGUGUAUUGUUGGUGCCUUGUCAGGUUUGUUUGGCUGAACUUUUUUAGACAGAGGUUUUUUUCUCUCUCUGCUUCAUGUGACCAACGACCCACUGGAAACACUGCCUUUCUACUCCGCAGCAGCGCUCCUUGACAAUACAGGGCCUUGCACUUGUAUUGAGAUUUUCUGCAUUUUUGUCACGUUACGACCACAAACUUCAAUAUAUAAUCUUGGCAAAAUCAGUUUUCAAGCCUUACCACAGUUUCGAGAUUGGAUUGGGGUCGAAGUCGGUCUGGACUUAAAAAAGUGCAUUAAAGUUCUAGAUUUAUGUUUUUGGCUAGCUUUUUUUGUGCCUGGUGGAGAUACUAUUUCCACUGCAUGAAGCUGUCACGUUUUGUGGUUAGCUGUAGUGUUUGGUCCAUGUGAUUAACGCACUUUCUUCCACGUAGUUUCUGUGCGCCCUGUGUAACUUUAAACAGAACUUCUUUUGACUUUUUCCUUCCCAAUCUGUCACAGAGACCAGGUCUACUAGAGCCACCAUGGAUCCCUUGAGUGAUUCUGUGAUUAACAUCAUAGUGUAGGUGGAUGGACAUUUCUUGGUGGCUUUUUAGUUGUGUCAAACUCAUUUGGAUGAUUGAUUGGGCAGAGUUCUGCGAGAUGUUUGAAGCUUGGGAUAUUGUUUUAUAACCUAACUCCGCUUUAAACUUUUCCACAAAUGUAUCUGUGACCCGUCUGCUCCGCUCCUUGAUCUGCCUGAUGUUGUUUGACCAAUAAUGUUCUCUGACAAACCUCUGAGGCCUUCACAGAACGACUGUAUUUACACUGAAAUUAAUGCCGACAGAAAACUGGUUGCACUAGAUUGUAUUUAGAGGCAUCAGAGAAAAGGGGGCUGAAUGAUACGUGCGCCAAACAUUUUGAAAAUUCAAAUCUUUCUUCCACUUCCAAGCUAAAUGAAACUUUGGAGUGGAUGUGGCACAAAUAGCCUAAAUAAAAUGCAAUGAACUUUGUGGUUAUAAAAUGACAAAAUACUAAAAGUAUGAGGAGUACAAAUAUUUUGCAAGUAGCUAUGAGAACCUAACACUUUUUGACAAUUUUAGAUGCCUGCACCUUCGUUGACAGGUAACAUGCAGACUAAUGUUGGUGUCUUCAAGAAACUUUAUAUCCUUCAUUUGCUCUUUUUUUAUUAUUAUUAUUAAUCCUAUUUUGUUUUGUUUUCUUAUUUGUUUUUUGUUUUUUUGUUGUUGUUGCAUCAUCCAAAGCUAAAACAUUUUUGAAUGGAUGCAAACUUUAUAGAAAAGACUAACUGGCAACCUAUGUGUGUACAAAGUGUAUACACAUGUACAUAAUGUGUCGAUAUGCAUACAUAGACAAUAAAUGUAAAUUUGGUGGGCUGAAGGUUUGCUUAGUUGUGGGGUCUCUGGCGUAGCACAGCCACAGCAAAAAUAUAUAUAUUGGAAAAUAAAUUUGUGCUGAACAAAUGCCUGUUCAUCUAUUAUGUGAUCAUCUGGAUGUCCUGUCUUGAAUAAAAACUACUGUUUGACAACA